UCGCCGCCGCCACCGUCUGGAUCAAUAAAAUCCAAUUGCGCUCCAGGUUCUAUCUAAUGCAGUCGACGAGGCACAAUACACGUGAAGGAGGUCGGAUGGCUAGCUGCAAUUAAGAAUCGAUAGUUCAACAGGGAGAAGCAAAAAAAAGAGUGUACUUAUUACGUCUUCAAUAGGAAAUGUUGCACAGGAAUAGUGUUUAUAGUUUCAACUGAGAUAAAAUGCCCAAGCAAAUCGAGUUUAGUGUGGUCUAUGUAACAGAUGAGGAUCCCAAAUUCAAAGCAAACGAAUUAAACAAUCAUGGACCGACGGUCAAAGGAUGGCAAUCGCAAAAGAACUGCGACUAUCCUCAGGAAAUCAUCAUACAACUAGCGAAGCGAUGCUACCUGAGCAAGAUACAGCUGCUGAUGCAUCAGUAUCUGAUACCAUCAAAGGUGGAACUGUUUGCAAGUAACGAAGACACCAAUACCGUGGUGGACGUGAACGGCAUUAGUUGGGAUUACUUGGGUUACGUAACUCUGUCCGAUAACCAGAGCACUGGCUUCAAGAGUCGUGAGCUUAAAUCGGCCAACGUUCCCACCACAAUUGCUUCCUUCUUGAAGCUCAAACUCAGCAAAAAUCAUAACAACACUUAUAACAUACAUAACCAGGUGAGUUUGAUUGCUAUCAACAUACUUGGAAUUGAAAAGGAAAUGCCACGGAAAUCGUCUUGCGGUGAUGUUGUUGAAUUGGAUAAGCUCGAUGCUAUACUGAAUGAUCCCGAUUACGUUUCGCCUUACGAUGAUCUGGCUUUUGACAUGUAUGUUGACGUUGAGGUCGCAAGGAUUAUUCGCGAAAUGGAACUGAAGAAACACGUGGCAGUAAUUAACGAACGUUUUGAAUAUGCGAGGAAGCUGAAACAGGCUAUGGAACAAUUGAAGGAAGCAGGAGGGAAACUGGGUAAGUAUGAAUUGGAAAAGAGGCACGCCAUCGAAUUAGAAGAUUACGAAAGAGCCAGCCACAAGAAGAAUCAAAUGGAUGAGUUUAGGACCGGCAUUUACCAACAGCUUAACAUUGAUCAGCUUUUAGAAAUGAAAGGAAUUUGUCCGAAGAAUGACGAAUUUGCGGAUGAGACUGAUAAACAGCAACCCUUGUCACCGUCAGCUUUAAGAAUACCGGAUGGAAAGAGAUCCACCUCACCUAGUGCUCCGCACAUAUAUCAUGCACCACCAUCGCCUUUGCACAAGCACCAGAGCCCAAAGACUGGGUCUCCAAGCACUGGUAGUCCCACCAAUCUGCAGCACCGAAAUUCCUUCAGGAGGAGAAAUAAAUCGGCAGGAUCCAUAGUUAAAUCGACUUACGAACAAUACGAAGAAAAACCGUUGCCUACGCUAAGACAUUCUCAAACGAAUGAAUUUUUAAGAGAAUGCCAAAUGGACAUAGAACACAGAGCGGCGUCAUCGAAGUUGACGGAACGUGAGAAGAAGCAAGCAGCGCUACCAAUUCUUGUCUUCGGGGCGGAACUGGUUGAGAAGUUUUACUCGAAGCACUACCUAGACAAGGAGGAAGGUCUAAACUGCCUUAAAGAUGAUUUACUAGCUUACGACCAUACCCGAAUGCACACCGCCAACAAGACUGGAAGAGCAGCUAUCUUUUUGCUGCACCGUGCACUUCGCGACAAGGUCUUCUCCGUUUACAACCUGGCGAACGAAGUUAUACGUUUGUACUUUGUACAGUACAUUCCUGGCAGAGUAUCUCCAGCAGAGGUAUCAAGAAGCGUGGAUAAACUCCUACCAGAACUACUCACCAAAUCAGGCGAUACAAGCGCUCGCAUCCAUCAUAUGGCCGUCCACACCAUACUUACUAUGGCUGAUUGCAAGGAUGUCAGGGCUUUACAUUUGAUUCCAGUGCAUCUGAGCAGGCCGAUCACAAGCAGCACUCAUCCCAGACUUGCUUUGAGUCGCGCUGAGAUGGUAGAACAAUUGAUCAUCAAUCAAGGAAUAUCAACUGAUAAACAAAGUGGCUUAACAUGUCGAACUUUGUCGGAGUUCGGUUCGAGCGGUAUCCACCAUCCUGCUGAGGCUGUGAGAAAAGUCGCUGAGCGAAUUCUAGUCUUAGUGUAUAAGGUGAACCCGCGACUAGUGCGUAAACAACUUCCCCCAGAUGAUGACAUUACCAGGAGGAAUCUUCUUUAUAGACAACUCUUCCAUGAAUUUGACAAAAUCGAUGUUGAGAGGAAGAAGGAACUAUUAGAGAGAAAUCGUCUAAUUCAACAGUGCUCCAUCAGCACAAAUCCAGACUGUACCAGCCCCGAACCUCCCGUCCAAACGAUAAAUAAGUGUCAGAGCUCGUCUAAUAUAGCAAGCACAUUCAGCUAUGACCAGAACGGCACCGAACGUAAACCAGGUUACCAAUUGACAAAGAGCAUCAGCGGCGGUAAUAUCGUAAAGAUCAACAUGCAGACGACAAAUAACGGUGAUCUAACAUUGGAGAGACAUAACGCUAGCAGCGGAAUUUCCACUCCCAGCAAUAGUUCACAACGCGAUGAAGAGGAGAAACAUUGCAUAUUCUGCGGUCAAUCCGAGGCGAGCAUCUUCCAGGUCAGUAAUUCAAUGAAUUCGCACUACUGGCGCUCGUGUCCGAUGCUGGUGCGCUGCAGGGAGUGCAGCCAGGUCGUCGAAGUUGCUUCACUCACCGAUCACCUCCUGAUGGAGUGCGAAAAUCGUGAUUUCUACACGCAGUGUUCGUCGUGUACGGAGGCCGUCAAAGUAGUUGAGUUACAGAUACACGCGCUCCACUGUUCCGAGAUCGCCGAGGGCUGCAAUCGCUGCCCUCUAUGUCAUGAUAAUUUGGAGGAUGAAGAAUUCGUAUGGAAGCAUCAUCUGAUGGGAGACAAACCGUGCGCGAAGAGCACGCGCACCAGGUCACUCCCAAAACAGGUCAAAAUCAAGUUGUGAAUAGAUUUGCACAAAUCUGGCAAAAAUGCCAUCUAGUCGCGGUUUUACCUAUAUUGUUAUAAACAAAUACAAGGUAUUACUAAUGUAAACGUCCAUAAAAUUUAAUGUUAAAUAUUUUACAUUUAUAUAAUUAUUAUU